AUGGAUUGGGCAUACAUCAAAUUUGGUAUUGUAUCAAUGUUAACUAUGUUGGCUGGAGCACAGACUGUCCACGUUAUAUACAAACCUCUCAUCGAUGUAGAUAAGCUGGUAGAAGAAGAAUUAGAAAAAUGGAAAGCUAAUAGGAAUUAAUAUAAUUUAUAAUAAUAUCAAAUAUAUGAAUUAUAGAACGAUGCAUAAUAGAAAAUAAAGUACAUUUAGCAAGUAUAGAAAACAA